AUGGGUUGUUACGACGAAGGCUCGAAAGAGACGCACGGUUUAAGCGAGGAAAUAGUGAGACUGAGAGAAUACGACGAAUACGAUCGAACCGUUUUAUAUUUGAGAGACUGUCCAAACGCAAAGGCGAAGAUUGAUGCAUUCCUCGAUGAUGAUGAUGAUGAUGAUGACGAUGAUUCUAAGAAUACAGUUAUAAUACAGGCGGUGCAGUUGGAGUUGGCGAAAGGCGUGGACGACGAAACCGUCUCGAAAAUCGCGAGAAAAUAUGCGACAAGUUGUACGCGAGUGAACUUAAACGCGGCCGGGUCUGGAGACGAACGCGUUCGGCAGUUUGGGAAUCUCGGGUUGAUGAGUGUGAGCGAGUAUUUAGAGAACAAGUUGGAGUGCCUUGAACUCUUCUGGAAUACGAAAAUAACGAGCAAAGGCGUGCUCUCGGUUUGUCGCUUUUGUCACGAGAACUUAAAGGUGUUGAAUUUGAGCGGAUGCGUGCAACUGGACGAUGAAGGCGUUCGAGAGAUUAGUAAGUGUAGAAAAUUAAGAUAUUUAGAUCUCACGAGAGUGCCUAAGAUGACGGACGCGAGCGUGGCGCUCGUCGUAGAGGGAUGUCGAGAACUCGAGUUUCUUUCGUUAUACGCCAACAGUCAACUGACGAACAAAUCAUUCGAAAAGAUAGACGGUCUCACGAAUUUGAAGUUUUUUGAUGCGUGCGGUUUCAACAAGCUGACUGAUGUGACUUUAUUCAAAUUACCGAAGACGCUGAGGUACGCGAAUUUCUCUUGGUGCGGGAGUCUGAGGUCGGAAGGUAUUUGUCACGUCGCGGAGAACUGUCGUCAUUUGGAGCUCUUGUCCGUACACGGGAACAGGAAUAUCACGGAAAAGCUCAUCCAGAGUUUGCAAAUAGGACAAAAAGAGACAAAAACUUUGAAGGUUCUAGACGUGAAGGGAUGCGUAAACGUUAAAACGAACACUUUGGAAGCGCUGAGGGAAUUCUUUCAUUCUCUACAAUCCAUCAAAUUUCACACGUAG